UGUCCUCCCUUCCAGCAUCUCUCCUUUAAAACCUCUGUCUCUUCACCUCUCCAUUCCACUACUACAAUCUCACCAUAUCCAAUUCCCUCUUUUCCUUUUUCUUUCUAUCCAUGUCUUCCUCCAAGUCCAUCGACAAUGCAACAGAGAAGGAUCAAGGGUGCAAUGUUAACACUAGUUCUUCCACGAUGGACUUCUCCCGGGCUAAGAAUUCUUUCUCAUCGUCGUCCUCAUCGUCUUCUCCAUCCUCCGGCGAGAGGAGAGGAAGGAGGAAGCCGGCUGAGCCGGGGAGAUUCCUCGGGGUGAGGAGGCGGCCAUGGGGGCGAUACGCUGCGGAGAUAAGGGACCCAACGACCAAGGAGAGGCAUUGGCUGGGGACGUUCGAUACUGCCCAAGAAGCUGCUCUGGCCUACGACAGGGCAGCACUCGCCAUGAAGGGCAGUCAAGCGAGGACCAACUUCAUCUACUCCGAGACUCCCAUCACCGCAUUCCAGUACUCUGUCCUCCCUCAUUUCCAUUCCCAAAGCUUCAACAUCCCGCAGCCGCCGCGCCACGGACACCUCACCGGUGGUGCUCUGCCCGUCGUUCAACCCCCCGACCACAGCGCCUUCUCAAUCCAGAACCAUCGCCAUAGCAUCUCCGCCCCGAGCCGUCGCACUGCGGCGGAGUUUAAGAGCAAUGACGUAGAGAUUUCUGAUAACUUCCUCUUUUGCGACGACACCAGGUCGGGGUACUUGAGCAGCAUAGUCCAGGAGAGCUGCCGCCGGUCUUCCAACUCCCGCAAACACUCGACUGAGCCAAAUGCUCCGGUGGCUUCCCAACUGCAGAACCAAACAUCGACCAGCAACGCUAAUGGAGAUGAUCAGAUGAUCUCAGAGAUGAGCAAAGCGUUUUGGAUGGAUGAACCUGUGUGGGAACUCAGUUUCCCUGGUUCCAAUGGCAUCAAUACGGAUAACAUCAGCAGCUCCCUGCCAAAGAUUUCUGAUUCCUACGACCUGUUUCUUCAUUGACUGAUGCUUUGAUUACUAAUGUAGCGUCCACUUCUGCAUGGGAUUUAUAUUAAACUAGAUGUGUCAUUGAGCUUUCAGUAAGACUUGAAAUGCCUUGCUGUUGGUCUGUAUUCAGGUUGGCUAACAGUAUGCAAAGUACUUUAAAUAUGUUAAAUCUUUUUAUCAGAGCA